AUGGAUGAGCCAACCCCAACUCUGUCCACGUUAGAAAAACAGAUGGUGCUCGAUAGAGACAAGUUACAAUCAAUAAUUGAAGGUUUUAUUAUUGCAUAUCACCAUGGUCUUACUAAAGACGAUACUACUAUGAUACCUUCAUAUGUUUCACGUCUUCCAACAGGUGCUGAGACUGGUACAUACUUCGCUUUGGAUUUGGGGGGCACCAAUCUAAGAGUUGCGGCAGUAACCUUAGUUGGUGAUGGCAAAGCCGACAUUGAACAAAAAAAGUAUGUAGUCCCAGCAGAAUUAAAAGUUGGAACUGCUGAAAAUUUAUUAGAUUGGGUCGCAUCAGGGGUUAAAGAUUUAUUGAAUUGUCUCGGCGUUCAAGCAGAAAAUCUUAACGAGAAAGAAAUGUAUAUGGGUGUCACCUUUAGCUUUCCGAUCAA